AUGGCAUAUGGUUUGUUAAGUGCUGGAAUGAAAGUGUGUUUUCGUCGUGUGUUUCUUCAAGAUAAGGCUUGGAAACUUCAAAGUCGUUUAAACAGGCAUCGAUUUAGUGGAUUGGAGGAUUGUGUCAAGAGAAAACUCGCCCUGGCACACUGUUCUGCACGACUAAACUGCAGAAAUAAUGAGAGAAAUAUAAAGCAAAUUGAUGAAAGAUCAAAAAAAUCUUCACAACUAUAUUUUAUUGAUUUUCUUAAGUUCUUACUCCCAGAUCUCUGGUUAUUGUUGUUGGCCAGUUUAUGUGCCUUUGGUGUUGCUAUUGUUAAUGUGAGGUUACCUUUGUUUCUUGGUGAACUAGUGAAUAAAGUAUCUUCAUUAUCUGGUCAAACAGCUGCUGAUUAUGCCAAGAUACUAAAAGAUCCUGCAAAACAACUUGUUCAUAUUUAUCUUGCGCAGGGAAUUUUAACAUUUGUUUAUAUCAGUCUUCUCUCUUCAUUUGGUGAAAGGCUUGCAGCCCGUUUAAGAAAUAAUCUAUUUUCAUCAUUAGUGAAACAGGAUGUUCAGUUCUUUGACAGUCAUAAGACAGGAGAACUUAUCAGUAGGUUAAGUUCAGAUGUACAAGAUUUCAAGAGUGCAUUUAAACAGAUCAUAUCACAAGGUUUACGAAGUGCUACACAAACAAUUGGAUGUGUUAUUACUCUUGUUAUGUUAUCACCAAAACUCACACUUUUGAUUGGUAGCCUUGUUCCAUCUGUUAUCAUAUGUGGUACACUCCUUGGUUCUGUCCUUAGAAAAAUGUCUCUUGAAUCACAUGAACAGCUUGCCACUGCCUUGGCUGUUGCAGAUGAAUCUAUUGGUAAUGUUAGGACAGUGAAAGCAUUUGCAAUGGAAGAAAAAGAAAUUUGUUCAUAUACUAAAGAAGUCGAGAAGUCACGAAGACUUAAUGAAGCGCUAGGAAUGGGUAUUGGUGCCUUUCAAGGUCUCAGUAAUAUAACCAUUAACUCUCUGACUUUGGUUGUUCUCUACGUUGGAGGAUCAUUAAUGAUUAGCGAUCAACUUACACCAGGAAAUCUUAUGAGUUUUUUAGCUUCUACUCAACUUAUUCAGCGCUCAAUGGCAAAUAUCUCCGUUCUUUUUGGCCAAGUUAUUCGUGGUAUAAGUGCUGGAUCACGCGUGUUUGAAUAUAUGGUACUAAAACCAAAAAUCAGUGAUGAAGACGGUCUAUGCCCAGAGUUAACAUCUAUGUUAGGGGAGAUUGUGUUUAGUAAUGUGGAUUUUGAAUACCCAACUAGGCCUGGUCAAUCUGUUCUUCAAGGUUUAAACUUGAAGGUACCUGCAGGACACAUGGUCGCAUUGUGUGGUCUCAGUGGAUCAGGGAAAUCAACUGUCGCCUCGCUCAUUGAGAGAUUUUACGAUGUAAACUAUGGUUCCAUUACAAUUGAUGGGCACAAUGUGAAAACAUUAAAUCCAGCUUGGAUACGAGGGGAACUUGUUGGAUACAUAAAUCAAGAACCUGUACUUUUUGCAACAUCUGUUAUGGAGAACAUUCGUUAUGGCAAACCAAGUGCCACUGAUGCGCAGGUAUUCAAAGCAGCAAAACAAGCAAAUGCGCAUGACUUUAUUGAAAAAUUUCCCGAUGGAUAUGAGACUAUUUUGGGAGAACGAGGUGUGACAGUUUCAGGGGGGCAAAGACAGAGAAUAGCUAUUGCUAGAGCUUUGUUAAAGAAUCCUAAAAUUUUGAUCCUUGAUGAAGCCACAAGUGCAUUGGACGCCGAAUCAGAGCGUGUUGUACAAGAGGCUUUAGAUGAAUUAACUGAAGGACGUACAGUAUUAGUGAUUGCUCAUCGUCUAAGUACCAUCCAAGAAGCAGACUCGAUAGCUGUUCUCUCAGCUGGUAAAAUCAAAGAAAUCGGAUCACAUAUUCAACUCAUGAAGCAGAAUGGAUUAUAUUCUGAGUUGGUUCGACGGCAGACUAUUUUAUUUCAUCAUCAUCACCAGUAAGCAUAUAACGUUAUUAUAUAUAUUUUUAAUACAUAUACGUCUACUUUACAAGAUUGAAUUUACCCACAAUAUAAAUCAACUACAUAUUAAAGCUAUUCAUUAUCUUUCGUCUUUAUAAAACGAUCGAUGUAAAACAAAACACAUCAUACAAACAA